AUGGGAGAGAAUCCUCCUCAACCAUUGUUAAGAGACUAUGACCACCCCAACGCAUUCCAACUUCGGAGUGGAAUACGUCUUCCCACCACGAAUGCAAACAACUUUGAGCUUUCACCACAACUCAUCCGUAUGAUUCAAAGCGAUCAAUUCGGAGGUAGUCCUCAUGAGUGUCCUUUUGCUCAUUUGGACAACUUUCUUGAGUUGUGUACAACCAUCAAGAAAAACAACAUUUCGGAAGAGUUCAUCCGUAUGCACAUGUUUCAAUUCUCCCUCCGUGAUAAAGCAAAACAUUGGUUGAGAACGGUUGAAGAGGGAUCAUUGAGUACAUGGGACGAGGUCACUAGAGCCUUUCUUGGAAAAUAUUGUCCUCCGGAAAAGACCGCCGAAUUAAGAAGAAAGAUCACCAAUUUCAAUCAAGACAUUGAUGAAACAUUGAUUGAAGCUUGGGAGCGUUUCAAAGAUUACACAAGGAAAUGCCCCCACCAUGGUUUUACAUCAUGGAUCAUUGUACAAAGCUUCUAUGACGGUCUUACUCCUAUUUCAAGGGCCAACCUUGAUUCCGGGGCCGGUGGUAGCCUCAAAAAGCUAUCGGUGGAUGAUGCAUAUAAGAUGAUUGAAGAAGUGGCCAAGCAUUAUGCAUAUGGAGGUGAUCGAAGGCAACCUCAAAAAAAGAAGGGCGGAAUUCAUGAUCUUAGUGCAAUAGAUCUUAUUACAUCAAAGUUUGAUAUGCUAGCUCACAAGUUAGAUCAAGCCACCCUCACACCCUCAAGCUCUUCCUCACAAGUCAUGUCUUGUGAGACUUGUGGAGGAAAUGAUCACUUGUCCUCUUAUUGCAACUCAACGAAUCAAGAGCAAGCGGCGGCAAUUAGGCAAAGGAAUGAACAAUACUCCCAAUCCCACAAUCAAAGUUGGAAGCCUCAACAAAACACGGGAUGGAAGCAAUACAACCAAGGCCCCCCACAAAAUAACUACAACCAAAAUCAAACCCAACCUCAAAACCACUACAACCAACCUCAUUCUCAAAACCAACCAGCUCCAUACCGCCAUCCCAACCAAAGGGAUCAAAACCACCAAAGAUCACAAUAUAACCAACCCGCUCCUCCUCCUCCACCUCCUCAAAAGACUAGCCUUGAGUCCGUUCUUGAAACAUUCAUGACUCAACAAAUAAGGAACAAUGCGGAUAUGAAUGCAAACAUCCAACAACUCCAAGCACAUAAUAAGAUAAUGGAGAGCCAAUUAGCUCGAAUUGCACAACAAGUUGGAAGCUCAUCCUCCAAUUCUAGUGGUCACUUUCCAAGCUCAAUGGUAGUGAACCCAAAGGAGCAAGCUAAGGCUUUCACUUUGAGAUCGGGAAGGGGUUAUGAGGGCCCGGUUAUGAGUGAAGAGGAGCCACAAAAGAGAGAUGAGGGAGUUGUGGUGAGAAGCGAGGAUGAUUUUGAAAAUGAAGUAGUUGAAGUUGAGAGAAAAGAGCAAAAGAGUGAUGAGGGAGCCACAAAGAAAGAUGAGGGAGAUGAAGAAAGAAUAGAAAAGCCCCCUAUGAGAGUAUAUAAGCCCCCCAUUCCGUUUCCUCAUAGAAUUGUAGAGAAGAAGUUGAAUGAGAAGUUUUCAAAAUUUCUUGAAGUCAUGAGAGGACUUCAAGAUCUUCUAUCCAACAAGAGUAGGCUUGAAGAGAGUGCAACCAUCUCCCUUCCUAAGGAGGUGAGUGUAAUCAGUCAAAACAAGCUUCCCCAAAAGCUUGGUGACCCCGGUAGCUAUGCAAUACCGGUGAAGAUUGGAGAUUUGGAAGCUAUGGAUGCUUUAUGUGAUCUUGGGGCAAGUGUGAGCUUGAUGCCCUAUUCUAUUGCAAAGACCUUGAAAGUUGGAGACUUGAAACCAACAAGAAUGUCCUUACAACUAUCCGACCGUACGGUUAGGCUACCUUUGGGGAUUCUUGAAGAUGUGCCGGUUCAAGUUGGAAGAGUAUUUGUGCCAUGUGAUUUUGUAGUAAUGGAGAUGGAAGAAGAUUCAAGAGUACCCCUCAUUUUGGGGAGACCAUUUUUGAACACCGCGGGAGUGGUGAUUGAUAUGAAGGAAGGAAGAUUGACUUUGAAUGUGGGAGAUGAGAAAAUUUCAUUUUCAUUCUCACAAACUUUGAAAAAGCCAUUGAUUGAUGAAGUUCAUAGAAUUGACACAUUGGAGAGGGACUUAGAAGAGUUCCGAGAAAGAUUGUAUGAAAGAGAUCCUUUACAAGCUACCUUAACGGGAAGCUUAGUUGAGGAGGGUGAAGAAGCAAAGGGGUAUGAUCUCUUGCUCAACCAACCUUUGGCCCACAAGGUGAUAAAAUUUGAAGUGCUUAACGUGGAGGCAAAAGAGGAGAGGACUACGCCUCCUCCUAAGCUCGAUGACACCUCUCUUGAGAAACUCCUAGUUGUUUUAAGGAAGUAUAGAGAUGUCAUUGGGUACAAAAUUGAUGACAUUAAGGGGAUAAGUCCCACCAUAUGCAUGCAUAAAAUUCUACUUGAUGAUGAUCAUGCUUCCUCGAUUGAGCACCAAAGAAGGCUCAAUCCCAAUAUGAAGGAAGUGGUAAAAAAAGAAGUUUUAAAACUUCUUGAGGCGGGCAUAAUCUACCCUAUCUCCGAUAGUAAGUGGAUUAGCUCGGUUCAAGUUGUGCCUAAAAAGGGAGGCAUGACCAUCAUCAAAAAUGAUAAGGAGGAGGGAAUUGUUCUUGGUCAUGUGAUUUCUAGUAGGGGCAUUGAGGUAGAUCGUGCCAAGAUUGAAGUAAUUGAGCGCCUCCCACCCCCUAUAAAUGUGAAGGGGAUAAGGAGCUUUCUUGGACAUGCGGGUUUUUACCGCCGGUUCAUAAAGGAUUUUUCAAAAAUCGCAAAGCCGCUCACUCAAUUGUUGGUAAAAGAUGCCCCUUUUGUGUUUACUAAUGAUUGUUUGCUAGCAUUUGAUAGGUUGAAGGAGGCCUUGAUUUCGGCUCCUAUAAUUCAACCCCCUAAUUGGGAGCUUCCUUUCGAGCUUAUGUGUGAUGCUUCGGAUUUCGCCGUUGGGUCUGUUCUUGGACAAAGGAAGGACAAGAAGCUCCAUGCUAUCUAUUAUGCUAGCAAAACAUUGGAUGAGGCACAAAGGAAUUACACAACCACGGAAAAGGAGUUUCUAGCCAUUGUUCAUGCAAUUGAGAAGUUUAGGUCCUACUUGUUGGGCUCUAAGGUCAUAGUCUUCACCGACCAUGCGGCCUUGAAGUACCUCUUGUCCAAGAAAGAACCUAAGCCAAGAUUGAUACGGUGGGUCUUGCUCUUGCAAGAUUAUGAUAUUGAGAUUAGAGACAAGAAGGGUGCCGUAAAUGUUGUGGCCGAUCAUCUUUCACGGUUGCCUAUCUUUGUAGGUGAUCUUGAUAACUUGCCAAUUGAUGAUUCAUUUCCGGAUGAUCGACUAUUUGCCAUCCUUCAAGCACCGACACCAUGGUUUGCGGACAUUGCAAACUACUUGUCUUGCUCUAUUCUUCCUCCCGACCUCACCUAUCAACAAAAAAGGAAGUUUCUUCAUGAUGUUCGCCAAUACUUUUGGGACGACCCCUUGCUCUUUAAACAAGGUGUUGAUGGCCUUUUUAGAAGGUGUGUCCCGGAUGAUGAGAUUGAAAGUGUUAUCACAAUGUGUCACUCCUCACCUUGUGGAGGACAUAUGAGUGCUAACAAAACCUUAGCAAAGAUCUUACAAAGUGGUUUCUAUUGGCCUUCAAUGUUCAAAGAUGUGUGGGGUGUAGUGAAAGUUUGUGACCGGUGUCAAAGAACCGGCAAUAUUUCAAGAAGUGAAAUGCCGUUGAACAACAUUCUUGAAUUGGAGAUUUUCGAUGUAUGGGGCAUAGAUUUUAUGGGGCCUUUCCCGACCUCUUUUGGGAAUAAAUUCAUUCUUGUGGCCGUCGAUUACGUGUCAAAGUGGGUAGAAGCUGUUGCAUCUCCUACUAAUGAUGCUAAGGUGGUGGUCAAACUCUUCAAGAAGGUCAUUUUUCCGAGGUUUGGGGUGCCACGUGCCGUCAUUAGUGAUGGAGGUUCGCACUUUGCAAAGCGGUCCUUCCAAGCUCUUCUUGAGAAGUACGGUGUGAGGCACAAGGUUUCAUUAGCUUACCACCCUCAAACAAGUGGUCAAGCCGAAAUUUCAAACCGGGAGAUAAAGGUGAUCUUAGAAAAGACGGUGGAUAGGUCUAGAAAGGAUUGGUCUACGAAGCUAGAUGAUGCCCUAUGGGCCUACCGCACCGCAUUCAAGACUCCCAUUGGCACCACCCCUUACAAGCUAGUAUAUGGGAAAUCAUGCCAUUUACCGGUAGAACUUGAGCAUCAUGCUCAUUGGGCUAUUAAAACGUUGAACUUUGACCUUCAAAGUGCCGGUGAAAAGAGGUUACUUGACCUCCAUGCCUUGGAAGAGCUAAGAUUGGAUGCAUAUGAGAAUGCACGGAUCUACAAGGAAAAGACCAAGGCUUGGCAUGACAAGCAUAUCAACAAAAGGGAGUUCAAGGAAGGUGACAAGGUCCUACUAUUCAAUUCCCGGUUGAAGUUGUUUCCGGGUAAGCUAAAAUCAAGAUAG